AUCUUGGCGUGAAAAAUCUGUCAUCCGUGCAUAUACACACGGUCUUUACAUAUAAACCGCGUUUUAAUCUGAAACCAUGCAUUUGUGUUCGUAUUCUUUGUUGUUUAUAAGCUCUGUGUUUUUAUCUUUGGUGAAUGAUCUCGCUCUUAAGUCUUAACAACUCUGAUCCUUCUCUCAAAUGGGUUGUCUGAUUUCUCCUGUAAUGAAACUCCGUCGUCUCUCCUCAGCCGACUCGCGGCGAUUUGCAUACCGGAAUCUCGCCGAGAAUAUGGAAGAUCCAGUCAUAAGGGUGGUGGUAGGGAAGGAGAAGAAGGAGUUCAUGGUCGAACCGUAUGUACUCGAAGAGUACCCGUUCAGAGUCUUGAUAGGUUCAGCUAAGGAUCGUGCCAAGAACCGGUUAAACCGGACCGGUAGAGUGGUGUGGCUUGAUCAUGUCGACUCGAUCUUAUUUGAGCACUUGCUGUGGCUUCUUCGGAACGAUGCCUCUACGUUUUCGGAUUUGGAUGUUCUCGAGAUCAUUGAAUUCUAUGCUCAAGAUUGUUAGGGAAAGAAAUGGAUUAACAGUGUGCUUUUACAGUUUUACUUUUCAGUGAAGAUAUGAUCCAUUCAAAAAACUGUUUUUACUGCGAGCAAUUGUCGGCUAGAUUUAAUUGGGCUAUCACGAAAAGGCGCAUUAGUUUUUAUCUAAAGUAGUAGAUAUGCUACAUACGUGGGCCUUAUGAGCUGGCCCUUUAUUGGCUUUUUGAAAUUAAAUAAGCUACACCAGCAAAAAUAGUGUGGUCUCUCUAGAAUUCUAAGUUUUGUUUCAACUACUGAAAGAAAAAGAAAGGGUCAAAACUACAAUUUUGUUUACUCCUCAAAGUAAUGAAGUUUGAACAAACUUAAAACACUUUGGUAACUAGCAGACUGGUAAGUGGUACUGUGGCAAAUCUAGCUAAUUUAGUUAAUAAGAUAUAGGUAGUAUAUAACCAAUAAGCAUU